UAACACUUGUGUUUAUAUCGACACAAACCAAAAUAAAAUCUUCCGCUUUCUUUUUCGGUUGUCGUUUGAGACAAACGCACGUAAACCUUGAACUGAACAUAUUGAAAUAACACGGAUAUUGAUGUCGCUUUGAUGUACCUGUUAUGUUUACUAUCUUUAUAAGUGAUAUGUGAUUUCGGUUCGGACUGAUUGGAUAUUAAAAUUUACUGUCUUCCUGAUGAUGUUAGUUCAGUUCAUACAUGUUAUUAUUAUCAUUAACUAUUUUGGACGUUUACAUUUUUACAGGCGUUUUAAAUGUGAGGUUGAGCUUUUGAGUCGUGUGCAUGGUUAAACCAAAUUGAUUAUGCUAAUCAUUUGAACAUAAAAGUUACAGAAAUUUAUAAAUAAGCGUGUUGAAAUGACUACGAUGAAUUGCGUAGUAACUACACUACAUUUGGAAUAGCGUUGUGAACGGUAGUGCAGCGAUGAAUUUUAACAUCAUUUUUUAGGUCAAGGUGUUUGGUAAUUGUAAUAUAAUACGUUCGAACAAUACGUUGUUUUGGAUUCAAUUGUACAUUUUAAUGUAGCGGUUGAUUUUAGAUAUAAAUCAUGAAUAUAACAAUUGAUUCGAAGGAUAGCAGAAACAUAAAGUAAAAAGUACUAAUAGCCAAAUAACACAGGGAUUUAAAUUUAUGACGCCGUGAAACACGAUGGAACAGGUAAAUCAGUUGAAAUUGUUUAUGACAAUUCUACUUCCGACUCAAUGCGAGCACAAUACACGCCUCUAGACGCAAUGGAGGCCCCACACGAUGCUGAUGUAUGUAUUAAAACGGAGGAUAAAGCAGCCUCUGUUGAACGUGCUGACAAUGGAACAAACGAUGAUGCUGUUGACACAGUUUUUGUUGCAGGUGACAGUGUGGCUUCAGUUACAACCAUGGAGCUAGACUAUACAAUUCUAGACGACAAAGGGGUCCAUUCGAACAAUGAUUUAUAUAGUACGACAAGGGACCCAGGGGAAGACGAUGAUAUCCCUGAAGCUCUAACAAAUCAUGAACACAAUGAAACACCUGUAACUGUACACGGCAGUGUAGUUUCUAAUACAACCAGCGACCUGAACACAGGUUUAGACGACAUGGCGUCUGCAAGUGGUAUGAACGCGUCCGCCAAUAAACCAGACAGAAACCAAUGUCCUCCCGGAGACGACAAUAUGAAGCCAGACAUUGCUUCCAAUUCUCAAAAGGUUUUGUGCAAUUCUCACACUGUCUCGAUAACGACAUUUGAUCCCAAAGAAGACACUAUCCAUACAAGUGGUGGUCAAGAUGACGCCCAACAACGUGAAAGUGAACACGACAGCAGUGUAGCCGAUUUUGUAGAAAACCUGACUAUCGACGGAGCGUUUGACUGGCUCGAUGAACGUAACAUCGACCAUGAUCUGGACUCCCUGGAUGAAAUGAGGCUUCUUAUUAAGAGAAUGAUCAUUCAAGAGAGAAAUAAAGCACAUACUACACAACAUAACGUACAACAAUCGCUUGAUUCCGAAAUGAAUGAAAUACUCAUACGUGAUCGCCAAAUGAAGGAUGAUCUAGCUGAGAUGUACACCACUAUACUCGACUUUGUGGGACAUUUAACUAAAGAUCUUCAGACGUCCCUAUCGGAAUUAUAUGGAGAUUAUGUUUCCAAAAUGUCCAAAUACAAAAAAGACCUAUUGGAGGCCGAAUGUCCAAUUGUUGUUGCAGGAGAAACAAGCGCCGGCAAAAGCAGCUUCCUGAAUUUGCUGUUGGGAACUGAUGUGCUUCCGUACUCGUUGCUGUGCGCGACGUCAACCAUUUGCCGCGUGCACCCUAUCGCGACAGACGCCGAACGCUACUACGUGGUACACAAGGCAGACGGCACGGAACAUAGGCAGACGAUCCGCGAGAAUGACGUGGAAGCGCUGGAGAAGUUGAAACAGGAAGUGACGCACCGAGAUGCUGGAACGGAAUAUAAAUGUGUGGAUAUCUACUGGCAACUGCCGCUGCUCGGGAACAACUCGCAUGUGACAAUCGUUGACACACCGGGCGUCGGUGAGUGCAAGCUGCUGUCCGAGAAACUGUUCGAGUACCUCCCUAAGGCGGCAGCCUUCAUCUACGUCCUCAACAGCGCCAACUCCGGCGGGGUCCAGGAGGACAGGCUGGUGACGAUCUUCAAUCGCCUGAAGCUGGAGGAGACUAAGGGCGGCUUGUUCAGUUUCGACCCCAGUUGUACCAUGUUCGUGUGCAACAAGUGGGAUAUCGUGGAGGAGCGGGAGCGGAACCAGCCCGGUUCCGAGGCGCAGGUCUGGCAGGACACGGUGGACAAACUGAAGAAGCACCUACCGGGCUUCUCCUGGGACAGAUAUAUGUACAAAAUGAGCACCACUGAGGCGAGCAGAUACAUCACUUCCGGUAUCGGCUACACGGAACGGUAUGCGGCGCUGAUGGGAGGGCUGCAGAAGCUGAUCUUAUCGAGUCUCACGGGCAACGCGAACAUACACUACAGAUGGAUAGGCAACUUUCUCGAGCAAAUACGGAAGUACGUGGCUGCACGCGUUAAUCGUGCUCGCGCAACGGAAGUGGAAAAGAAACGCCUGUUCGAAGAGGUGAACACUCGUCUGGCGACGCUAAGAGAAGACGCGGGCCACGUGAAGAAGAGAUUACGAGAAUUUGCUCAGGUCAGAUGUCGCAAUCUUGCGAGUUCUCUCUUCGCGUAUUUACACGACCCCGAUGUACAAGCUCGGAUUAAACUCUGGACAGAUUUACAGGCGCCGGUUAUCGAAGCGGACGAUUUUGACGCGACGAAACUUAAAGGAGAGCGUAUGAUACAAGCCCGAAUAAUGGAUGAAAUCACGAAGUGGGAAGCUGGUAACCAAAUAGUGAAGACAGUUCAGGACGAGCUUACACACGAAUUUAAGCUUGAAUGCAAGUUACUGACGGAAGAGUGUACUGAUAUUCAGAACCUCAUAGAAGGCGAUAUAAUAACUCCAGAGAGAAGAUUGUCAGAUUUUGGGAAACAGAUCAUUGAAGUGAAAACCUCUGUAUUUACCACAAGUGAAAAGGUGAUUUUGAUUGUGGCUGCUCCCCUAUGGAUCCCCGUGGUUACAGCCGCCUCGUUGUUGUUCCUGCCAGUGGGGGUUGGGAUGCUUAUAAAACAGACCGUUCAGGCAAAACAGCAACGAACGGAAUAUAUGAAAGAUAAAGCGAAGUACAUGACAAUAUGGACAGAACAAGUGAUCGAAGAUUUCUUUAAAGAGUCGGUCAUCGACAAAUUUAUCUCAGAAACGUACAUGUCCUUGUUUGAGAGUAAAAUAAAGGACCUUUGCGAAGAAACUAUUCCGGCACAGAUAAAGGCAGACAUUCAACAAGUGGAGCAAAUACAGAGAGACCGGCGGUCCUCCAAGACAAUUACCCGAGAGUUUAAGCCUAUUCAACUCACGCUGCAGGACAUAAUUGGACAACUCAAACUAUACGGAUUAAAAUUCGUCACGAAAGACUUGAUCGAUGUAGCGCAGAUUCGGCGAAUCCGUGAAAUCGGAAAGGGCAGCUUUUCUACAGUGUACUCGGCGCUGUAUCCGGCCACCGGAAAUGGCAGAGAAGUUGCUCUGAAGAUCCUAACGCUGCGUACUGCAGACUUAUAUUCGCAGUUGACAGAAUUGGAGUGUCUAAGGAAACUCAAACAGCAUGAACACAUCGUAGAGUUCAUCGGUGUUUGCUACUCUGAUAAAAUGCCGGCGAUCACUGAAGGGGGCAGUCUGGAGACCAUGAGUCAACACAGACUCAUGUUCAUGUUUGAAAUAUGUGACCAGUCAUUAGAAGACUUCAUCUUCAAAACGCAACAUCUACAAUGCGGGCACUACGACUCAAAGGAUCGACCGACCGAAGCCGUGGAUUUCUAUGUGAAAGCAGGGGUUGGCAUAGCCAGGGGACUGGCUCACAUUCACGCCAGCAACUUUGCUCACAGGGAUCUUAAACUAGCCAAUGUCCUGAUGAGCAAAGGGGUGGUCAAGGUGUGCGACUUCGGCUUUGCCAAACACGAGGCGGACUUAUCUGGCACAUACACAGGUACCCGUACACACAUGUCACCAGAAAUACUCUCCGGCAAGCCGUAUACGAAGAAGACAGACAUGUACAGCCUCGCUAUAGUUCUCUGGGAACUUUGGUAUGGAAGGCACGCGUAUUCAGAAGACACUUACGAUACUUUUGACGUCGGGACCCUGCUAGAUGCCAUAAAGGAAGGGACCCGCCCAAAUUGCAGAGAAAGAUACGCCAUACCAUCUAACCUUGUUCAGUUGAUCGAGAGAUGUUGGGAUGGCAAUCCAGACGUACGACCCACCGCAGAGGAAGUGACAACAGAUUUACAGAUUGUGUUUAAAACCAGACACUCUACAUGAAUAAUGUUACAAGAUGGUUCAUUAGAGAACAUGGAUUGAGCAAUGCAACAACUGAUAAUCUAUUGAAGUGUGUCUUCAUCGAUAUAUUUUGCUCAGAAUCACUGAAAGUAAUCUUUGAAGGAUCCCGUACUACAUGUGGCACAGAACGUCUGCGUAUGACACGUAUACAAUCAUGCGUACAAUCAUGACAAUUUAUAUACACAAGACAAAAUAAAGAACAACUGUACACUGCUUUGAACCGUUGUAUUCGAAGUAACUUGUACUUCAACGCGAACACCUAUUCCAGUAUGUGCAUUAGCAACUCGGACGAACAAACAGGACGCAUUUUAUUAUAUAAAUUGGACCGUGCUCUGAGAAAAAGGGGUUAAAGGCAUGUGCGUAAAGUGUCGUCCUAGGUUACGUCACUUUCCGCUUUCAUGAUUUUUGUUCGUUUAAAGAAAGUCUCUUCAUAGCAGAAAUCCAGUUUAGGUGGAAAUUUUGGUCCAUGAUUAGCCUGUGCGGAUUACACAGGCUAAUCUGGGACAACACUUUACGCACAUGCAUUAAACCCCAUUUUCACAGAGCACAUUAUUAUUGUUAAUGGAGCAAUUACUCUUUGGUCUACUGAGUGUGCAGGCACAACAGGUUUGUGGUUGAUUCAUGAACAGAGGUUUAGUAAAAAAUGUGAUUGUAUAUCGCGUAAAUAAAUGCAUUAUUCGAAAUGUUAACUCCACAAUAUAAUACAUAAUGCACUUGGAGACUUUUCUAACGCAACACUUUUCAAACUUUAAUAUCUCAUUUAUGAGUAAAGAUUUUGAUUUAAAUUUUUACAUGUGAUCUAAGACCACAUUCUGAGCAAGCACGUGAGUUAGGAUGCCUGCAAUUUACCAAAGUGCGCUGUUGCGCUUUUGAAUAUUCAUAUGAUCCAUACAUUUUUAAAUUAAUUUUAUGUUUUCCUGGUGCAAGAACUCACCUAAAAUGAUAUAUAUAUAUAUAAAUUUAGAAUACUAUGGCGUUUCACCAUUUCCACGUGCACACAGAUGAAGCCAUACAUAUCCCACCUGUUAAAUCGCUCGUUCGUCACGGAUGAAUAAUUUUAUCAUGAGCUUGCUUCGAUUAAAGUCACAUGAUCACAUGUACACUUUUAAAUCAAAAUUUUAACUCACAACUGAGAUAUUCAAGUUUGAAAAGUGUUGCGUUAGAAAGGUCUUGAAGUUUAAUGCGAGUAAGACAAAUUUCUUCUUUAUUAUUUACAAACAAGAAUGCAACCAUGUAAUGGCAAUAUAGUUGUUUUGUUACAUUAUUUUAUUGUCUUACAAACGCAUGUAAGUGUUCGUUAUAACGGUGUAUUGGUUAGUCUGUUAUUAUACAAGUUACGAAUUUGUAUGAUAUACGUUAUGAUUUACAGUUAAUACUAUUACAUUAGUGAACAAUAAACACAUCCCAGCUUCAAAACUACCUUAUUUGCAUCUAAGCCUUGCAUGUUUAUAUAUAUAAAUUUUAUGGUGGCAUUUCUAAGUUAAAAUUAAAUGGGUUUUUUAGUGCAUUUUUACGACAUGCAUAUAUAAACAUUGAACAUUGCAUUAAAUAAGUACAUAGGUUGGUUAAUAUUGGAAGACUUGUGAGAGAACUUAUGAAGUAUGUCUGAGAAGAAUGUUUGUCAAAAACAUAAAAACAUUUUUUUUAUAAUUGAAACAACUUUUGCCAAUUCUAAUUUCACCUGAUCUUGAUGUUGCUUCUUGUUGAGAUGAUUCUUCAUUAUAUGAGGUCACAUAAAGGUCGUAUGCAAUUAUAUAUCGAGCUUUGGAAUAUUUAAAUAGUGUGUGCGUGCUUAAUGGUUUUAAAAACAGGGGGGGGGGACUUUGUGAUAUUGCCUAUAUGUCUUGUUUUAAUUUCCUAAAUAUAAUUUGACUAAUGUAUUUCAGAAAUUAAUCGUCCAACAUUAAAUAAAUGUUCAGCGCUAAAGAUCAAAUGUAUGCCAUUACAUGCUUACGCCUUUCAUAAUGCCGUAAAUUCACGAGCAGGACUCGGUGUUAUUUCGGCCAUCUUGUUUUUAAGUUUUCCAUUGUAUGUUUUGGAACUUUUGUCCUUGUUUUAGUAUAUUUUCAAAACCAUUCGUGUAACAGCAUUCAUAUGGUGUCCAAUCAUAAUUUAGUCAGACUUUGAUUGCCGCUUUACGAACGUUAAAUACCCUUCAAACAAUGAUUUGCACAUUGUGAUUAGUCAUAACUAUCCUAUAUGUAGUCGUUGUGCUUCUGUAAAUCAUGUCAUGUUCAAAUAAAAUAUGCAAAUAA